AUGGGAUAUAUUGGCGUUUUCAGUCAAUAUUUCAGAAUUCCAUCUGAGAUUCAGUUUUAUUUGGCAAUGUGUUGUUAUGGUGGCAUCGCAUCUGCUGGAAUACUGAUAUUCGAAAACCGUCAACACCACAUGAUACCAAAAGGCUACAAGUUUCGAAUUCAGAAACCUGUGUUCCGAGUUAUGCUAGUGGUUUUUAAUUACUUCUUGGGAAUGUUUGUAAUGGUGAUGGCAAUUUGGUUGAGAGCAGAUAGCGAUGACUUGAAGUAUAAGUUUUUGAAGCUCAACCCGUGCCCAGAUCCUCUCUACUUCACUACCUACACGUUUGCUGUGGACUCAAAUCGAAAUGAAUUCAGUAUCUGCAUAGCUAUUGUCUUAUCAUUAGUAUCCCUACAGUACUCCUUUUUCAUCACUCAUUGCAUCUGGUAUAUCUAUUCAGAGGAAGCCGCUCGUUAUUCCAGAAGCACUCGGAAAAUGCAGAAGAUGUUUUUGUUUGCUUCCUUCUCCCAACUCGCCAUUUUCAUGACAGUUUUUGUGAUUCCAUUGGGAGUGUUUGCAUUGAUUUUGACCACUGGAUUCAGGAAUCAAGGUCUUCUAAAUAUUUGUAAUUUGAUAAUCCCAACAAUUGGUAUAAACACAACAAUUGGAUUGGUUGUCAUGUAUAAACCUUAUCGAGACUUUUUGAUCAAAAAACUGAAGAAUCGACGGGCGGAUUGUGGAAUGGUUAACUCUCCAAGUGCAUUCACAAAAUCAGUAGUGGUUUGA